AUGUUCAGAGUUUACAAAAUAAACUGCAGGGAAUGUAGUCAGAAGUACAGCAGAGAGACUGGAAUGACAGACAACAUCGGAAUCAAAGAACACCAGCGACUCUCCAGGACAACGAAUGCAGAAAGCUUGGAGAUAGCUGAGUACAUUGCCUUAGCCGGUCACACAAUUGCCUCGUUUUCAGCGGAAAGACUGGCCUCAUAUGAGGAAAACACCAGAAAACGGAAGAUCAGGGAGGCUGUGGAUAUCCUUAUUCAAAGAAACCUGAUGAACAGGAGAUUGGAAGAGGGAAGAGUCAGCGAUGAUCUCAUCUACUGCCCGGGCAGACUCGGAGAUUCAGUGGGAACUGCUAAAAGAAGACUCUUGGACAAAGGACAUCUAUUGUUGAGCUUACUUGCAUUUCGAGUGAAAGCGUUGAGUGAGAGAGAGAGCUUCAGCAUGAAUAUUUCAGUAAAGCUAAUCGACAGCUGGUCAAGAGGAAUCCGCCGUCGUCUUCUGGUGGAACCGACCUUAGAAUCUCUUCACCAAACACUUUCACUUGAAAUGGAAGUAAGCUCGACAAUUAUGAAAUGA